CGACAGGACUACCUCUCGGUAGUUGACUCCCUCCAACAACACACAGCUCCUACCUAGUCACCGCUCCGUGCCGACCGACCCACCAACUCUAAACUCCGAUGCCCGUGCUCCAAAUAGACCUGGACCGCAGCUCUGAAAGAUGAGCCGCAGCGGCCGGGAGCAGCAGCAUGAGGGGUUCGACAGAGGUCGGAUCCUGGAGUGGCUGGAGAGCGUGGACGUCUACCACCAGCCGUCCUCCCAGGUUUGUCGCAAGAUGUAGAGCUUGUUGGAAGUUUGCACGCAUACACACAUACAUGUGGCAUACCAAUAGAUGCAGUUUUGAUAGCCCUCUCUGUGAAUAUUGUUUUUUUACAGCUUGAUGAAGUUGACGAAGAGUCAAAUUUUGACUCUGAAGAGCCACCGCCUGUAACCACCCGACCCACACCUCCAACACAACAACAACAACAACAACAACAGACUCAACGUUUACACAACUUGUCGUUGUUUAUCCAGAGACACUCUAGGAGCCCCACUAAUAAUUCGGGAGCCCCUGCACAACGAAAAGAAUCAUCAGCGAGUCCUCACCCUGUUAUAGAGAGGGCCAGCCUUGCUGCCACUAUAGAUACAACUCUCUCUCAACCUCACACUCACCUACGUAGUCUGCACUCCAGAAAGAAAUCAGAGUCUCCUCUACCAGAGUUCCCUGUUGGUUCAGAGCUCCCAGUGUUUGACCCCAAGACCCCAGCUCCUCCGGGGAACAGAACUCCGAGACUUUCCCUAAGAUCAGAGGCUGCACUUUCCAGACACCAGCCUCCAGUUCUAAUUCAUGCCCGCCCUGGUCUCGGGAGCGUGACGCUGUCAUGUCCGGUGCUUCAUGUCCCCGAAAUGAACCCCCCUCCUCCUCCUCACCAAUCUCUCCGAUCUCCCUCUCCACUCACCUCUCACUACAAAGUGGGCAGACACAGCUCUGAGGUUCAGCUCAAACCAGUCAAGAGCGGUGGUAUCAAUCAGACAAACGACGACAGGGGCACUACAAAACUAGGAGAGGAAGAAGAACGAAAAGAGGAAAGUUUUGCUUCUGCCUCUCAUGCCCAUACCAGAGAAAACCCUUUACCUAAAGCCUCACUCGGGGCUUCAUUGCCGGUUUCCUCGCAAGCAAAGGAAAUUGCGCAAGACCCCAAAGAACCUCGUUGUAUAUCCCCACCUCCUCUGCCUCACCCUCUACCAGUCUCCGGUGAUGACCCGGCCACCUGUGUAUUAGAGCCCCAGCUACAAUCCUCUAUAGUAUCAUCAUACAACGCGACCCUAAUGAAGAACGCCUCACGUGUUGAUGAACAACCGCCAGAGGAAGUGGAAGGGGAGGAGGUUGAUUCCCUGUCGUCUGUGGAGCUGGCCUCCCUCUCUCUGAGAGUGGUGGAUAUUCUCCCACAGUUGGCCGUCUAUCUGGGAGUGGAGUACAGGGAGUACGAGGAUGUCGUAGCCUGCGAACCAUCUCCUCAGAGACAGAGCAUGUCUAUUCUGAUGAAGUGGUACAGAUCGGGGACUGGUUGCAGUAGGCAGAGUCUGGCACAAGCUCUCCAGCAGUUUGGAGACCAGUACAGUCAGCUAGCUCAAGCGUUACUCAGAGGAGACUUGGAGGAAUCCAGACACCAGCCUGUGUCUGAUGGGACGCUGCAGACUCAAAAGCUCACUCCUUCUCCCUCCCACUCCUCUUUCACACCCUCCCCACCUCCCACCUCCCCCCUCCCCGACUCACCCCUCACCAGAGCACCACAAGCACCACGGACCCCCUUCUCCGUCUCCCUCCGUCUCCGUCUCUCCCCACGGUCCAGGAAACUCAAGGCUGGCUUCACCUUUGACGAGGACUGUCGCUCCAGUGACAGCCUCCCUAAAUUCCUAUCAACACGGUCACUCUUCACCACAUCCCCAGACUCUCCGCAUGUCUCCGGAGGCCACACCCCUCGCUCCCAGCCCGUCAUCCAACGUCACCUCUCUCUCUCUGACAUCAGUUCCGGCUCCACUUCCUCCAGUUGGCCGGCCACACACCGGUCGGGCAGAGCAUCUCAACACGACUCCGCCUACACCAGGCAACGCAAGUCAAGUCUGCCGCAUGGUGACCCGGUGGAAACGAGUGGGCGUGGCUACAACCUAGGGAGGCGUGGCUCGCGUGAGAGGCAACACGGGGGCGGUGGAUGGCGAAAGAGUAGUCUUCACAGCGAUGAAAUCCUGAUGUCGUUAACUGAAUAUGACAGGGGCAUCCUCGCUACUGGGACCUUAAGCCAGCAAAACACCUCAGAAAAUGUCGUUAGAAUGAGGGCUGGGGGGAGUGGCUCGGUAGAUUUGGGAGGCGAAACUUUGGGAUGGUCUGAAGACCCGAGACCAGGAGGUCAUACCACUGCCCCUCAUCGUUAUCGGGUAAUUGGUUCCAGAACGGGCCCAGACUGCUGAGUCCCCACGCCAUCGGUCGUCCCUGGGGACCCGGCAGCUGGCAGGGCUGGGAAACUGGGGGAGAAGAGAGCGCGGUGUCUCUGCCACUGGCUCCCACGAAUCUAGACCAUCCGCCACGUUUCGUGGGGUGGCGGGCCUAGCUAGUACCAGCCGACGGGGGAUGGACAGACAAGAUUCUGGGAUCGAGACACUUGCUAGCAACUUUUCAACCCUUCAGUGACAACAAUUUUGCCUCGUAACACGUGAGGUGCAUUCCUUCAAACUGUCACUGGGAGCCAUUGGAGGAACGUUUUGGAACGAGUAUAUAGCUUUCAAUGAUUGCUACAAUUGCUCAGCGAGAGCUGUGUACUAACCUUCACCAAUCGAGACAACAAACAACAAGCUUACACUCUUCUCUAACAUCACACUCUCUCUCUCUAAUAAAUCAACACUGCCUUAAAUUGAGGCAAUUUUCUUCUUUUUCGUCACCAUAAAUCUACAUUUAUUACAGUCUCCUCAGUCAAUGCAGUCUCUUCAUCAGACCUUCACCCCAACCAAUCAGCCGCUUAAUUAUAACUCUACCCAUCGAUCCCCAAUCAUUUUCACAGUCACAGGAUGUGUCUUUUGUAAAUUGUGUUCUUCAUUGUAUAUACUGAUGUACAA